AUGGCGCGUCUUCUAUCACCACCAAACCAACACCACGCUACAGUUACACCCCACGUAACGACUCGAACAAAGCGAGAGGAGCCACGGGGUCUGGGGCAGAGCCCCAGCCGCCGGAGGCAGACCCCCUCCCCCAGUCCCAGGAAAGAGGAACUAACGCGAGGAUGUAGAUACGACUACCUGUUCAAACUGCUCCUUAUCGGAGACUCAGGAGUAGGAAAAUCGUGUUUGUUGCUGCGAUUUGCCGACAACUCGUAUACCGAGUCAUAUAUCUCGACGAUUGGCGUUGAUUUCAAGAUCAGAACCAUUGAUUUGGACGGCAAGACAGUCAAGUUGCAGAUCUGGGACACGGCCGGCCAGGAACGGUUCCGGACUAUCACUUCGUCAUACUACCGUGGAGCCCACGGUAUUAUUGUGGUGUACGAUGUGACUGAUCAAGACAGUUUCAACAACGUCAAGCAGUGGUUCCAAGAGAUAGACCGUUAUGCCACUGAGGGCGUCAACAAAUUGCUUGUGGGUAACAAGAGCGAUAUUGCCGAUAAGAAGGUGGUUGAGUACAGUGUUGCCAAGGAGUUUGCUGAUUCAAUGAACAUUCCGUUCCUUGAGACGUCUGCCAAAGACUCGACUAAUGUCGAGCAGGCUUUCUUGACCAUGGCCCGUCAGAUCAAAGAGAGAAUGGGCGGUGCUGGCGAGGGCGGAUCGAGUGACAAGGCCAACGUCAACUUGCGUGGCCACAACGUUUCUCAAUCCAACCAGAACGGCUGCUGUUAA